AUGACAGGAAAGGGCAAAGCUUUGUGCAUCGCCCGACGCCACAUCAAAGACCUGGAGGCACAGCUGGCAGAUGCGCAGGCACAGCUGGCAGAUGCGCUGCACGGUAACCUCGGCAACGUAGUACCAGUCGGCUUGGAAUUGGACCCGGACGGCUGGGAGACAGAUGGCACUGACAUGGCGUCUCGCAUCAAGGACCUGGAGGAUCGCUUGCAAGCGGCCGAAUUGCAGUCUUCGCAGCUGCAGGCAAAGCUUGCGGAGAAAGAGGAGGAAAAGGGCGAGCUUUGGCAGCUGCAAAGGCUAGGAUUGCCGAGCUGCAGCGGAACGAUCAGCUCCGCGUCGCCGCGCUGA